AUGCUCGCACCUCCCAUACUCACACCUCCCAUACUCACACCUCCCAUGCUCGCACCUCCCAUGCUCACACCUCCCAUGCUCGCACCUCCCAUACUCACACCUCCCAUGCUCGCACCUCCCAUACUCACACCUCCCAUACUCGCACCUCCCAUGCUCGCACCUCCCAUACUCACACCUCCCAUACUCACACCUUCCAUGCUCGCACCUCCCAUAAUCACACCUCUCCUGCUCGCACCUCUCCUGCUCGCACCUCUCCUGCUCGCACCUCUCCUGCUCUGCCUGGGGGGCGUUUCUAAGCGCCUACCAAGGGCGCUUGUAGAGGGAGGGCGUACUUCAACCCCGCCCCUCAGUGCUCCCCGCCCCGCCGCUGUCGCACGUUCCCAUCCGCGCUUCCACCCCGCCCGCGCACUUUCCACCCGCCGCGGCCCCUGCACUCGUGCAAACCCGCACUGCCCGCGGCGUCAAGCAGAGGCGGACGGGGGGAGCAGCGCGCGCAACCGACCGGAAGCAGCUGCGCGGCACGCGGAGAGAGCGGGUGGGGAGCGAAUAAGCAAGGAGAGGUGGGAGGUGCGAGUGCGCGACGAGAGGGCGGAGGCGUGCGCGAGAAGGGCUGCUCUCCAGGCGCGCCUCCGCGCUCUCCCCGCCGAAAUCCCCCACGCAUAG